AUGUCACAAACCAACACGCAGGGCCCGGCCCUGGAGAAAGGAAUUUGGGCCGCGGUGAUCAUCGCCGCGGUGAUCGUGAUUCUGCGGGUCUUUGCGAAGAUCAAAAUCAAACGGUUUGGGGUCGACGAUGUCUUGAUGAUCAUUGCGGAGUUGGACAAUACCCCCUACAAUGCUGGUCAUUAUCGCACCGCCAUCCUAGCAAUCGUAUCUACCGUCUUCCUCACCCUCUCAAUCAAGCAUGGCUUCGGUGGCGAUUUGACGACGUUGAACACGCACGACCAGGAGUUGGUCUUGAAAUACAUCGCCAUCCAAGUGCCGAUUGUCACCUUCAGCACCACCAUCGCCCGCUCGGCAUUCAUAAUCUACCUCUUGGCCAUUCUCGGCACCAACAAGACAUAUCAAAUUGCGCUUUGGACGGUUUUGGCUAUUCAGUUGGCGGGUAACAUUGUUUCCGCAGUCCUCCCACUGAGUAUCUGUCGCAAUGUGGCGGCGCUGUGGAACAAGGAGGCUGCUUUGCAUACUACCUGUGGCAACACUGAUUCCGUGAUCAAGUUUGCCUAUUUCUCGAAUACUUUCAAUUCGGCCACCGACUUAUUUUUGGCGAUUUUCCCAACUAUCAUUUUCUGGAAUUUGAACCUCAAGAUGCGUAUCAAGAUCAGUUUGAUCGUCCUCCUAAGCCUGGGAAUUGUUGCAAUGGUUGCUUCUAUUGUUAAAACAACGAAGCUCACCGAUCUCCCUGGCAUCACCAACCUCGGCGCUAGUGGCGGCCUUGAAUUGAUCCGCUGGGGCUAUGUCGAGAAUUCUAUUAUCAUCAUUACAUCCUCCGUCCCCUGCAUCCGCCCAUUGGUCAUUUCCUCCGUUCGCAAGAUCUCCAGCGUCACCCGUUCCUAUGAACUCAGCACGCCUUUCAGUGGUCAUCGUACGGGCGGAAAUGAGACCAGUCAAUCACGCCUGGCUCGGCGGUUCAACAAGUCCCAUCACCUCGAGAACGGCAGCGUGGAGCGCAUCCUUGAUCAAAGCGUGCACACGAACACUACUGUUGGUGGGCACCCGGAUUCUCCGGUGCAGGAACAUCCGGGGAUCACGAAGCAGGUAGAGAUCUCUGUUGUCUCGGACGAUCGAACGCGGCAGGCAUAG